GACAAAUCCCGUGGACAGUGACCUGUCCUUUGGCCUGUCAGACGAAAACGAAAUGUUGGCAGAAGAUAAAGCAGCGUAGUGCCUACUGCAUAGGCAAGUAUAUCGAAAAAUCAUAUUUAUAAAUUGCAGUGCAUUUAAAACUAAUUCCUAGCUGUUGUUUAGCUCUCCAUCGCUUCUACAUGAUGAAACUUUAUGCUGUAUCCGAUGGCCCACCAUCACUAGCUGUUAGAAUGGGUCUGAAGGCGUUGAGUCUUCCAUACGAGCAUAUUGCUGUCGACUAUGGCAAGGGUGAACACAUGACGGAAGAUUACGCUAAGAUGAACCCACAAAAGGAAAUUCCUGUUCUAGAUGAUGAAGGUUUCUACUUGAGUGAGAGUAACGCAAUUCUACAGUACAUUUGUGAUAAGCAUGCUCCUGACAACUCACUAUACCCUAAAGAACCUAAGCAACGUGCUCUUGUAAACCAUCGUCUGUGUUUCAACUCGGCUUUUCUAUAUCCGCAAAUCUCCGCUUACGUAAUGGCUCCGAUCUUUUUUGAUUAUGAACGCACUCCAAUGGGAUUGAAAAAGCUGCACAUCGCUUUAGAAGCAUUUGAAACAUACAUGUCUCGCCUUGGCACCCAAUUUGUUGCUGGAAACUGUUUAACCAUUGCUGAUUUUCCACUUAUCACAUCUGUAAUGUGUCUAGAAGCAAUUGGAUUCAAUAUCAACAAGUAUUCAUUGGUUAAUAAAUGGUAUUUGAAUUUCAAGCAACAAUUUCCUGACUUGUGGACAAUCUCUGAAACUGGUAUGAACGAAAUUGCUGAAUUCGAAAAAAAUCCACCAGAUUUGACAGGAAUGGUACAUCCAAUACAUCCUAUUAAAAAGAAAAAGCAAUAAGCUUUUAGAUACGCCCGAAAUAAACUGAAAUAAUUUCAUUAUCUUAA